AUAGAUACUUUUAAUUCAGUUUGCAUUUGCGUUGAAAUAAAACAACGGCGUAGUUCAUCCCCCCCCCACCAGAUGGCGCGCUCUCCCACACGUCAGUUUCCUGUUUUGGAGGGUGCACUUCUUCGCUGUUGUGUCCUCCAUGGUGUCAUUGCGUUCUGUCGAGGUUGAACCUUAAGUAAAACACAAUGACUGGUUACACCCCGGACGAAAAGCUCCGUCUCGACCAGCUUAUCAAGCUGCGAAGGCAGUGGCUGAAGGACCAAGAGCUCAGCCCGAGGGAGCCGGUGGUCGAGCCCAAGCCCCGCAACGCCGUGGUCAAGUUCUGGAAUCGCUUUCUGGAGCCAAAGAGCCUGUGGAGGCUUUACGCUUAUAAAGCAUACUCAGGAGGAAUAAUCGCGCUCACACGUGUGUUGAUUCCAGCCUGGAUCGUUCACUACUGUGUGAAGUACCACAUUUCUCAAAAGCCAUAUGGGAUAGUGGGAACAAAACCCAAGUUGUUUCCUGGUGAUGUCAUCAUGGAGACAGGGGAAGUUAUUCCAGAUCUUCCAGAGAGUCAUGGCCAUCACUGAAGACGAGCUUCAAUAGUUUCUCUGCGCUUUUGUUGUAAAAACUGUGCAUAAAUCAUUAAAAUAUUUCAAUUUAAAUGUUUUUUUUCCUUGAU